GGGGGGCAAGAUGGCGGCGAGUAAAACGUUCGGCCAGAAGCCGGUGAAAUUCCAGCUGGAGGAGGCGGGAGAGUGGUACAUGAUCGGCUCAGAGGUUGGUAACUACUUGCGCAUGUUCAGGGGUUCCCUGUACAAAAGAUACCCAUCUCUGUGUCGCCGACUAGCUACAGUUGAAGAAAGAAAGAAGAUUGUGGCAUCCUCACAUGAUCAUGGUUAUACCACUUUAGCUACCAGCGUGACGCUUCUUAAAGCUGCGGAGGUGGAGGAAAUCCUAGAGGGAAAUGAUGAGAAGUACAAAGCCAUCUCGAUCAGCACUGAACCACCUGCCUAUCUCAGAGAGCCGAAAGCGAAGCGCAAUAGUCAGUGGGUGCCUACCCUGCCCAACAGCUCCCACCACUUGGAUGCUGUGCCCUGUUCUACAACCAUAAACCGCAACCGUAUGAGCCGGGACAAGAAAAGGACAUUCCCACUCUGCUUUGAUGACCAUGACCCAGCAGUAAUCCAUGAAAAUGCAUCUCAGGCAGAGGUGCUGGUUCCUAUUCGCCUCGACAUGGAGAUAGACGGACAGAAGCUGAGGGAUGCUUUCACAUGGAACAUGAAUGAAAAGUUGAUGACACCAGAGAUGUUUGCAGAGAUUUUGUGUGAUGACCUCGAUUUGAAUCCUUUGACCUUUGUCCCUGCCAUUGCAUCAGCGAUACGCCAACAGAUUGACUCCUACCCAACAGAUAGUAUUCUAGAGGAUCAGUCUGAUCAGAGAGUCAUCAUUAAGCUGAACAUCCAUGUGGGAAACAUCUCGCUGGUCGAUCAGUUUGAGUGGGACAUGUCUGAGAGGGAGAACUCUCCUGAGAAAUUUGCUCUGAAGCUGUGUUCCGAGUUGGGUCUUGGAGGGGAGUUUGUUACCACCAUCGCUUACAGUAUCCGGGGUCAGCUUAGCUGGCAUCAGCGCACAUACGCCUUCAGUGAGAACCCUCUACCCACAGUUGAGAUUGCAAUCAGGAAUACGGGCGAUGCUGACCAGUGGUGCCCCCUACUAGAAACACUGACUGAUGCUGAAAUGGAGAAGAAGAUUCGAGAUCAGGAUAGAAACACAAGGCGCAUGAGACGUCUUGCAAACACAGCUCCAGCUUGGUAACUGAACAUUGGUCACCAGUCUGGAUCAAGUAAUGAAGUUCCUUGCAAUCAAGGGCUAGUUCUGAGAGAAUAGACAUUCCCCACAGCGGCCUUAUCGCAGACCCCACACUGUGUAUAAGGACUGGUGCCGUAGUGUCAGUGCUCCUUAAGAUAACUUGGUCUUAUCCAGUUCCAAUCCCUGCAGUCAGUGCACAGGAGUCUUGCCUUAAUCUGUUUUUUGUAUAGGUGCAAAUUGCAUUUCUGGAGAAGUUUUUUAAAUAAAGUUCUUAAUUUUAAUAA